AUGAUCAUUUUAUAUUUACUUAUUCAUUUUCUGAUUUUCUUAAGCCCAAGUCUACAGAUUUGUUUAGAAGAAACUUCAUAUAAAGGAUUAAGUGUCCGAUGGCCACAAAGUGAAGAGGGCACAGACAUAAAGUCCGACCCCUUAUGUUACAACGAAGAUACAAUUAUAACAAGGAAUUGUGUUAACAACACGUGGAUACCUUCUUUGUCUGAGCUUACUCCUUGUUUUGAAGCUCUCCAUAUUUUUGAUACACCACAGUCAUCCUUGUGUCCAGCUACAUACAUGAAGGUCUCCGAGAAUAACACAAAUUAUUGUUAUAAAGUUGAGAAAGCAUCGUCGUGGAGUUUUCCAUGUCUUCAAGGUGGUGCUUCGGUAAUUACACAUCUCAGUGAUGACGACGUGGAAUCUAUAUUAACAUCUUUAAAAAAAAUUAACGUUUCGAGAUAUUUUUGGUUGCCAGGGCGCCGAGCUACACUUUUCAGUCCUCUAAUUUGGAAUACUCCCGGAAAAAUGUGGGGCCGCAACGUGGAAAGUAAUAAUUUUUUGCCGGUUCGUGACUGUAUAUUUAAAAACUGCCUAUUAUUAGAUAUUGAAGCACGGGAAAUCACAUCUGAAUUAUGUUGGAUAGAAUAUCCUAGUUUAUGUUUUUAUAGAAAUGAUAUACAUUAUCCAGCUAAUUGUCCUGAAAACUACAGUGGAGUAAGAUUAACACCACAGGAAAGUAUUUGUGCUGGAAUAAAAGUAUCGCAUGAAGAGUUGUCAUUUGAGGAAUUUUCAAAUAUAUCCCAAUCUCAAUGCACACCAAUGGGAGACAAUAUAGAAAAUGAUUUAAGCCGAUAUGUCUAUAAAGAAAUAGCUAAAAAUUAUGCUUUUCCAGAGAAUACGUGGUGUUGGUUCUCGACAUCAUUUUAUAACCAUGUUGGAGAUCAAAUAGGCAUAUUUAAGUCAGUAUUUUCUGAUUUUCGGGUCUCUAUAAAUAAUAAAGGUUCAAUAAGAUUAAACAGAAAACAGGAUUCAAUGAAACUGUCCUGUUUAGCUUGUCGGACUCAGAUUUUGUACGAACAGCCUGAAUUAUUGUUUGAAUACAAUGAAAUUCAUAAUACUAUGUACUUAACAAUUUAUUUCCCUUCCGGUUUGUGGAAAUAUAGUGAAAAUGACACAGGCAUUCAAUGUUUCUCGGACGCUAAGGGCUUUGUAAAAGUAAUAGAUAUAAAUGAGCUUCCGUAUAUGCAAAUUAAGACAAGUAAAUAUCAAGAUAAGACAAAUUUCACUAUAGAAAAAGUCGUCUACAAAGUUGAUCUUAUAACAGAUCGAUCAGCACAGUAUUGGUGUGAGGGGCAUACAAAUAAUUUUACCUUAAUCGCAACUGAAAAAGUGAUUGCCAAUCCUCAAGGAAAUGAUAUUCACGUAUUUUCUCUAGGAUUAGAAAUAUUUUUUACUGAUGAUGAAAUAAGAAUUGAACUAAACGAAAAAAUGAUACAAGUCUGUGAGAAUGUGACUUUAAUCUUUAAUGCAGAUAAAGUUCUUUUAAUGGAAAUGCUCACAUAUGCAUCAGAGAAAUUGCUAGUUUUGUUACAUAUGCAUAUGCCAAUUAUGAAUAUUCACAAUGAAAAGGGUGACAACAUAAAAAUUUUAUAUGAAAAUAUUAAACAAAUUGCAGAAACGGAACUAUUUAAAUAUAACUAUACAUUUGUAAAUAUCUCUAGUUCAAUGUAUUGCUUACCAACUACUUCGGACUCGGAAGGUAUGAUACUAGAAUGGGAACUGACUGCGAUUGGUCAUAUAGCAGCUCCAAAACAAUUCUGUUUACAAGCUAACGGUUUGCCUGUGAAGAGGCGUUGUCUGGGUUCAUAUAUUCUUGGUAGUAGGUGGGGUCAGGUUGAAGGUGUUUGUAAUAAAAACUACUCUCCUUCAAUAGCGACAACAUAUUUGUAUAAGUUUUAUAAAGGUCGAAUGCCCGCGAACGAUACAUUUGAAUUUCUAACAAAUGGUCUGGGAUAUAUAUUAAAUGAUGUUGGCAUAUUUAUUCCAGCAGACAUAUAUUAUUUGUCCAUAUCGUUGCAGCAAAUUUUAAACAUAGCUCAAAGUAAUAAAAGCUCCGUAGAUAUGGGUACUAUUGAGAACAUUGCGUGGAUUAUGAAUAGAGUUAUGAUAUUAGACAAUCGAUACCUAAGAUUAGCACAAACAUUAAAUUCAACGAACGUUAUAUUGGAUGCGGUAGAUGUAAUAAUUCAUAAGUUAGUUAAGGCUAGAAGGAACACAUCUACAUUACGAAGUCAUCAAAAUGUAGGGUAUGACUUGGCUAGACAACCAAACUUUUUAAUUCAAAUAUGUUAUCCUACCAUCAACAACAUUUCUGGUAUAGCUAUUAGGUAUAAAACAAACACGAGUAAUUUUUUCGAUGUGGACAUAAUACCAUUGUUUAAGAAUACUACUUAUGAUGAAGUAUUAUUGAUCUCUAAUUUAGAUAUAGCGACAUGGAUACCGGGAAAUGUUCUCGACUCUUUAAUUAUUAGUCAAAAUUUAACUAGUAACGAAACGCUGCAAGUAGAGAAUAUCCGUAUAAUAAUAAGUAUUUUCCACAAUGGCGCAGUAUUUCAAGAAUUAGAUCCCAAUGAUUUAAUUUUAAACAGUCGAGUCAUAGGUGUUUCGAUUCCUGGAUUUUUACCAAAUUUACUUCAUCCAAUCCCUUUAAUAUUUCGUAAUUUUAAUAAUUUAGCAUACAAAAAACAAUGUGGUUAUUGGGAUUUCAUGGUAAAAAACAGAGCUUCGGGAUUUUGGUCAAGUAAGGGAUGUUACUUGGUUAGUACAGUCAACAAUACAAGCGUUUGUAACUGUUAUCAUUUAACUCAUUUUGGGCAGUUAAUAAACAUUCGGCAACGAAUAAUUGAUGACAACGCCGUUAAUACAAAACCGUUAAAUAUAAUAUCUCUCAUAGGGAGCUUCUUAUCACUCCUUGGAAUAACUGGUAUAUGGCUGACAGCCUUUGUUUUUCAGGCCUGGAGGAAGAAAGCUGGUUCCAAAGUUCUAUUAAAUCUAACAGGAGCUAUAGCAAUGCCAUUAAUUCUAAUGGUUGUUUUUAAUUUAGGUGAUACAAUAUUUUUAGGGGAAAAUGGCAAGUACUUCGCUUCAAAUAAAAUGAAAAUAAUCUGCAUAUUUUUAGGUGCAAUAUUGCAUUAUUCAGUCCUUGCUAGUUUUAUGUGGAUGCUCAUAACCGCUUCUUUACAGUUCAUCAGAUAUGUAAGAGUUUUAGGAGAUAAACGACCUUCUAGGUUUAUGAUUAAAUUUACAUUGAUUGGAUGGGGAAUUCCACUAGUACCUGUAGCGGCCGUUUUAAUAUUUGAUCCACAGAAUUAUAUUUCGACUGCAUCACUAAGUAGAAAUGAAUAUGCUAUUUGCUAUCCUACUGGAUUUUAUUUAAUUGUUACAGUUAUUGUACCGAUCUGUAUUAUUUUGUUUAUAAAUAUCACCUUGUUUAUUUCAGUUUUAUAUGCUAUUUCACACGGUCCUGACGGAAAAAUGAGAACUACAGACAUUGACUUGAUCGGGGCCCAGAUAAGGUUGUCUAUAUUUCUGUUUUUCCUUUUGGGUUUGACAUGGAUUUUUGGUAUAUUUUCAUUUACAAAAAAUUUAGUCUGGUCCUAUUUCUUCUGUUUGACUUCAACUUUGCAAGGAUUCGUUUUGUUUGUUUACUUUGUCAUUUGUGACCCGAUUACACGUAAUUUAUGGGUAACUUUAAUGAAACCACAAUUCCGUUCUAAUUCUCCAAGAGAAAGUGUAACAAGUAUUACUAAUACCUAA